CUGACAUCAACUGUAUACACAUACAUACAUACAUACAUUAUUUCUAAGUAUAUACAGAAGAUUAAUAAGGGAUAUGGUGUGAGAGGUGAAUUUAGGAAUUUUACACCCGUGAAUAUUAUUAUUUUAUCAACUCUAUUCAAUCAAAUAUAAAUCACUCUUGCAGGUAGGUUUAGUUCUGUGACCGAAUAUCUUCAGAUAAGAAACUGUUCCGCACUCAAUCCUUCAUUAAAUAAACUGAAGCAGCUGAGGAGACAAAGGUUUCUGCUAAAAGCUUCUGUAAACCAACAGAAACUGGUUAUUUUUCAAUAGAUGUAUAUGUUAAAACUUUAAAAAUACCAACACACACACAGAGAAAGUCAAUGUUUUCAGAUUAUUUUAUUGGUUUGACAAAUGUUACAUAUGUAUCUCCAAAGCAUUUGUGAUGUUUACAUUAAAUAGGACAUAUAAAAACAAUUGACAUAGUAGUGGUGGUUUUUCUAAUAAAUAAUAAUUAACAGCACAUUAACAAUCAUCUGUGGGAUAAAACAAUAGUAAUAAAUAGUUUAUCUAAUAGUCAACAGAUUAAGAUUCAUUUAUAAACAAUUUAAAAUCCUGUUUGUGUGCGCACACACGCGCUCCCAGCUGAUGGUUGCUUAGCAACGACAGUCAUAGAAUGUGUUCUAAAGUAGUUCUAUGUUAGAACAGCUCAUCUCAGUUUGCCAGCAUUCAGGACGGUGACUUGGUAAAUCACACAGUUACUGUACGAAUUGACAAAUCUGUGAUUGUGAAGGACUCGUUCGCUAUGGAUUCUUACUAUAAUCAGUCUUCAGACAACCCUCAUCACGAGUGGUCAUCGGUUGUUCUGACUUUGGACCCAGAUGUGGACGAACAAGAACUGAUUGAGUCAAUGAAACAGUUCAGCCAAAUCCACUCUUUGGAUUUUUCUUUUGAUGAAGACACUAAUUGCAGACACAUUUAUGUGACUUUUGAGCAUUCAGGACGGGACCAGCAACCAGAUCCUGUGGUCCCCACGAGCCGCUUUAUUGAGCUGAAGACACUGCUCGUGAGCAAUCUGCACCCAAUGGUCACCGAACAACAGCUUAUUGAAAAGUUUGGUGCAUUGGGGUCCAUCUCGACUGUGCAAGUGUGCAGAAACAACAUCAUCUCUCCUGCUUAUGCCUUUGUGACUUUCCAUCAUCGACGUGAUGCAGUGCGAGCACAAAAAGCUCUGAACUUCACUGAUUUACUGAAUAAACCUCUGAUCAUCAUGUGGGGCCCAGACAAGACAAUUGAGGUCCUCUCAGAUAAUGACAGCAGCUCUCCAAGACAAACAGAGGAGAGAGAGACAGCUGGAGAAACAGAGGAGAGAAAGACCAGUGAAGAAACAGAGAGAGAGGCCGCUGGAGAUACAGAGGAGAGAAAAACCAGUGGAGAAACAGAGAGAGAGGCCGCUGGAGAUACAGAGGAGAGAAAAACCAGUGGAGAAACAGAGAGAGAGGCCGCUGGAGAUACAGAGGAGAGAAAGACCAGUGGAGAAACAGAGGAGAGAGCGAACAGCGAGUCUUUAUGGGAAAGAAGGAUCUCCAACAAUGUGAAAAGUGCUGUGAAAGCUGCGGUGAGCAGUCCAGCAGCCUGGGUCGGAGUCGGCAUAGGUGUCUGUGCUGCUUAUGCCUACUUCAGGAGCAGGAGCUAGUGUGGACACAUUCUAAAAGGUAAUUUCAUCUCAUUUAAGUGACUAACAUUCUGACUGAGCUUAGUAACACUUCUGGAACAUGCUGUAUGUCACACACACAUAUGUAUAUAUAGAAUUCUCUGUGGGUCAGAGGUCAUGUUAAUUCAUACUCAAAUUCAGCUUCAUUUAGACAUCGACACGGACUUUCUUGACUCUGUUCUCUUCCAGAUGAGAAGGCCUGCCUCACGAUCUCCACUCAUCAUCCCCAGAGUGACCAAUCACUGCUCCAGAAAGAACUUGAUUUCCCCAGCAGGCCAAACACUUGCAAUAAAUGUGAAUUGAAUAAAC